AUGUCGUUGUUGUUUCUUUUCUCUCUUUUUUCUUUUCUCUUUUCUCACUCUUUUCUUUUCUCUUUUCUCACUCUUUUCUCACUCUUCUCUCACUCUUCUCUCACUUUUGUCUCUCUUUUCUCACUUUUGUCUCUCUUUUCUCACUCUUGUCUCUCUUUUCUCACUCUUGUCUCUCUUUUCUCACUCUUGUCUCUCUUUUCUCACUCUUGUCUCUCUUUUCUCACUCUUGUCUCUCUUUUCUCACUCUUGUCUCUUUUUCUCCUCUUGUCUCUCUUUUUCUCUCUUGUCUCUCUUUUCUCCUCUUGUCUCUUUUCUCACUCUUGUCUCUCUUUUCUCACUCUUGUCUCUCUUUUCUCACUCUUGUCUCACUCUUGUCUAACUUUUCUCACUCUUGUCUCUCUUUUCUCUGUCUUUUCUUUCUCCCCUGAACAAGACCAAAAUAAUGCAAAUAAUGCUUUUCUUGAACUGGAUGAAAAUAAGGACCAGUUAUUAAGUGUUGAUGAAAUGAAAACUCAUUCGGAAUUUGACAUUGAUUCUGAUGGAACUGUAUCUGAUGAUGAAGCUAAGGAAUAUAUGGAAGAUGUUGCUGAAGCUGAUUAUAAACAUUUUGUUGAAAAGAUGUGGCCCAAUAUAAAAGAAAUAUAUAAUAAAAAUAAAUCUGCAAAAGUGCCAGAAGCUGAUACUACAAUAACGGCACCAGAUGUCACUUCAACAGAAGCACCUGAAAAGGCAGAAGCAGAAUCUACUGCAACUGAUUCUAGCUCAAGUAUUGGAGAGGGUGAUGACGAUGAUGAAGAUGGUGAAGGAGAUGAUUAUGAAGAAGAUGAUAAUGAUGAAGAAGCAGAAAAGAAAAAAGUAAAAGAGGAGACUGAGAAAGAUUCCUCUCCUCAGAUGCCAGAAUAUGAUGAGGCAACAAAAAAACUAAUUGAAAGUGCUGAACAUGCUAGAGAAGAGUUGAAUGAAGCAGAUAAAACACUAAGAGAAAUUGAGAAAAGUAUCAGUGAUGUGAAGAAAGUUCUUGAUCUCGACCUUGGUACCGAGAAUGAAUAUUAUACAUUAUAUGGAAAGUGUUUUGAAUUCACUGAUAGAGAAUAUGUUUAUACUCUCUGUCCAUUUGACAGAGCAACUCAGCGCAGCAAAUCAGGUGGAAUGGAAACCAGUUUAGGACAUUGGGGUUUGUGGGAUGGAUUACAAAGUGAUAUAUACAGCAAACAAAAGUAUGACAGAGGACAAAAUUGUUGGAAUGGACCUGAUAGAUCAGUCAAAGUUCAUUUAGAAUGUGGUAUUGAGAAUCAACUAAAAGCAGCAUCUGAGCCAAACCGAUGUGAAUAUGCCUUCAUUUUUGCAACUCCAGCCAGAUGUAGUAAACCAGAUCCAUUUUCAACUGGAUUUGGUCCAAAAGAUGAAUUAUAA